GUGUGUCACAAUCCAACUAGGCCAAAGGAAGUUUAUGGUGGAUCUGAAGGAUGAGAAGCUAGUGAGUAUGAACUGUGCCAGCAGAACAGAAGACAUAGCCAAUGAUUCAUUGUCAGCAGGCUUAUAUGGAGAAUGGCUUAGAGCACAAGAAUCCUUUUUCCCCUCUAGCUUUGGCCAGCCUAUAAACACAGCACAGCCCACCAACAUCACCACAACCCCCCAGAACACAAGCUCACUUGAUCCAAAACCUACACCGGGUGCCCUAGACAGCCCAAAUAUUCCACCUCUGGAAUCUGCUGUUAAAUCCAACAUUCACACUCAACCUAGCAAAGAUAACCCAGAAAAGCAUAGCCAACAUCCUCAUUCUCAACUUCCUACAAAGCCAAUCCUUAUAAACACCUCUCCCCAACAAGAUAACCAGUCUCUAAAAUUUAACAUCUCUCCAAUGGACUCUAAACCCACCAAACCAACACCAACAAGCUCAGAACCUACCAACACUAUACAAUCAAACCUUGACUUACUUCAACCCAAACAGUUGUUAUAUAACACAACCACCAGCCCCCCAGAUUCACUCAUACUAGACCAUAACCCCAAGGCAGACCCAAACUUGAAACCUUUAAAAACUUGGAAAAGGAAGUCUACUCAGGGGGUCAAGCCACCUCCAGAAGCCAUGAAUACCAAAACCAUC